UCAGCGCAGAAGAAAGGCGGACCCUCCAGGGAACGACGAGCGGCUUCCUGUGUGUCUAAUGCAGAAAGUGUUCAUCAAGGCACCAUUAAACCUGAGCAGCGGUUAAAAGGAGAUUUUCUCAUCAGACUGGCCGCUUUCAGAGUGAUUAGAAACAUUUUAAAACAAUCAGGCAUGAAAAUCAGGCCCCACGCUUUUAGUCGUGUCAAAAACGCACAACGCUCUGUUUGGAUCAGGGAUCAGCAGGAAACUGCUGGGCUCUGAUCGCCAACCGGAUGCUGCUGUUGCAUAAACAGUCAUGAAGGAGGGAUCGAGAGAAAGACGGGUUUCCUCUCAGGAAACGUCACUCGCUCGUACAGAAACACGGGAAAGCUGCGGACUCGGGAAUCUGCCUCCUGAAGCCGAGUUAUGUUGGGCGUCCUCCUCCUCCUGCUCUCCUCCUCCUCUCCUGGGGUCACGGUUCCUCCGCCCCUCUCUCCCUGCAGCAGAUGCUGUGACCACAUGCCGCCAGCAGAGGGCAGCGGAGAUCCUCCGGCGCUGGCGGAGUUCAGCCACGUCCCAGAGAUCCGCACCUACAUCAACAUGACUAUACUGAAAGGUGACAAAGGAGAUCGUGGGGACAGAGGAACCCCAGGAAACGUUGGACACGAAGGCCCUCCAGGGGCCCAAGGCGUAGCGGGGUCAAAGGGCAGCAAAGGCCAUGCGGGUCCUCCAGGAGACCCCUGCAAGCUGUCGCACUCUGCCUUCUCCGUGGCCCGCCGGAAGUCCCUGCACAGCGACGACGCCUACCAGGCGGUGAUCUUCGACACGGUCUUCGUCAACCUCGGCGGCGACUUCGACAUGUUCCACGGGAAGUUCUUCUGCCGGGUCGCCGGGGUCUACUUCUUCAACGUCAACAUCCACACGUGGAACUUCAAGGAGACGUACCUGCACGUCAUGCAGAACGACGCGGAGCGGGCCAUCGUUUACGCCCAGCCCAGCGACCGCUCCAUCAUGCAGAGCCAGAGCGUCAUGCUGGAGCUGCGGCCGCGCGACGCCGUGUGGGUGCGUUUGUUCAAGAGGGAGCGCGAGAACGCCAUCUACAGCGACGACGUGGACGUCUACGUCACGUUCAACGGAUACCUCAUCAAAGCCGGCGGGGAAUGAGGGACAUUUCGGCGGGACGUUUUGAAGAUUGAGUUAAUUUGUUAAAAGUAUUCACACCGUUUUCACAUCUUGUCAGGUUAUGGACUCAAACUUCGAUAAAUCUCGCGAUAAAACAGUAACAUUUUUCUUGGCUGGCACGUCUCAACAAAAUGUGCGCGUGACGACUAAAAGGAAGUAAUUCCCGCAGCAAACAAGCAUUUUUGGCAUAGUUCCUAGUGUAAAUAUCUUGGUACACUUGAAAUUAAGACAAAAUUAACUUUUUAGCACGACGAAGGAGCUUGUUUUACAUCAAUAAUCCCUUAAUAUUGAUGAAAACGUACUAGAUGUAAGUGAAAUAAUCUGCCAGUGGAACGUGACAAUUCACCUGGACAAAAUCUGUCAGCACGGUGAUGUACAGUAUUUUUUUCCCCACCAUUUUGAUCUCAUCUCAGCAAAACACCUCCUGUGUCUUUAUAUGUGUGUGGCGGCACAAGAUUAUUAUUAACUAUAUUUAUCAUAUUUUGGUAACAUCCAGUCUAACAAACAGGAGAAACUCUGUCAAUACGGUAUUACAUUUGGUUUACCCCAUAAAAUUUAAUUAAAAAUAAAAAUAAAUAACUUUGCGACAUGAAUAAAAUGUGAAAAAGUUUAAGGUUGUGAAAACCUUGGCAGCAGUAGACUGUUUUCCCCAUUUUUAAUUUGGGAUUAAAAACCAAAACGUUAAAGGAGAAA